AACAAACGUAUGCCCAAGUGCUUCUUUACUGACAUUCCCAUUCUGCGAAUACGUCAAUUUUCUCGAGAAAUGUAAAAUUAAUUAUUGCAUUUCUGUGCCUGAAAGGAAAUUUUGGAAUCUGAAAGGAUUGAAUCGCUGAAUCGCGCUAAAAGGAAGUGUUAUUGAUAAAUAUUCAAAAUUCCCUGCUUGUCACAUCAUAACAAGGUCUGGGCUAAUUAAUUGGCGUAGAGAAUCUCAGUCAGCGUGCGUGAUCAGUUUCAUUAGUCGAGGAGAAGGAAUACUUUUUUACAGUUGAGAUAAGGAACCUUUUCAGUGCUCGCAUCUCCCAACUUUGCCAAUUUGCAAGACAGCUGGAUAAUCAGCCUGCAUUAUAUCAAAGCCUGUCAGGAUGACGUCAAAAUAUUUAUGGAUUUUGGUGGUUUUAAGUAUGCUGGCCAACCAAACAGAAGGGUGGAGGAGACGACGAAGACGGAGGUGCCCAAGAAUAAACUGUGCCGUCACUACUUUCAAGCAGUGGAGUUCAUGUAGCCUGCCAUGUGGUAACGGAGGGACACAAACUCGUACACGCACUGUAUCAAGGUAUCCUUCAUGCGGUGGGUCCUCGUGUCCUUCGUUGAGAGAAACACGAGCUUGUAAUAGAGGAUGUUCUAAUGGAGGUAUACCCCUAACUGGCCGAUGUCUUUGUAAGAGCGGAUAUGGCGGACAAUGCUGUACUAGAGUUAACGGAGGUUAUUCCACUUGGAGUAAAUGGAGCGCAUGCACCGCUCUCUGUGGAACUGGUAAACAGUUGCGCAUACGAACCUGCACAAAUCCGUCUCCAAAAAAUGGCGGCAAAACUUGCUCUGGCUCAUCGCAGCAAGAGCGACCCUGUUUUCUACGCCCCUGUCCAGUGCAUGGCGGUUGGUCAAAAUGGAGUGGAUGGACCUCAUGCUCUCAAACCUGUGGAACCGGUUUUCAAGUGCGUUCUCGAAGCUGCACGAAUCCAAAACCAAAACAUGGUGGGAGACUUUGCACUGGCCUGAAGAGUAAUAAGAGGAUUUGCAGAAGGCAAACAUGCCCUGUGCAUGGCGGUUGGUCAAAAUGGAGUGGAUGGACCUCAUGCUCUCAAACCUGUGGAACCGGUUCUCAAGAGCGUUCUCGAAGCUGCACAAAUCCAGAACCAAAAUAUGGCGGGAGACUUUGCACUGGCCUAAAGAAUAAUAAGAGGAUUUGCAAUAGGCAAAGAUGCCCUGUUAACGGUGGUUGGUCAAGUUGGAGUGGUUGGACCUCUUGCACCAAACCCUGUGGAACUGGUUUCCAAAAACGCGCCAGAAGCUGCACAAAUCCUCGUCCACAACAUGGUGGCAAAUCCUGCUCAGGGUCUGCCAAGCUGAAACGAUCGUGUAACCAACAGCCUUGCCCCGUACACGGUGGUUGGUCAAAAUGGAGCGGGUGGACUUCAUGCACCAAAUCCUGUGGAACUGGUUCCCAAGAACGUUUUCGAGGAUGCACUAAUCCUCGACCAAAACAUGGCGGUAGACUUUGCACAGGCCAAACACGUGACAAGAGGAAUUGCAACGAGAAACAGUGCCCUGUUAACGGUGGCUGGUCAAGUUGGAGUGGCUGGACUUCAUGCACCAAUUCAUGUGGCAAAGGUUCUCAAGAACGCAUCAGAAGCUGUACAAAUCCUCGCCCACAACAUGGUGGCAAUUCUUGCUCAGGGUCCGCCAAGCUGGUACGAUCAUGCAAUCAGCAGCCCUGUCCCGUGGAUGGAGGAUGGUCAGGCUGGGGUGUAUGGUCAGACUGCAGCCACCCCUGUGAUGUUGGAGAACAGAGGCGAUCACGAACGUGCACGGCACCGUCCCCUUUAUAUGGAGGAAAAUCCUGUCCAGGAGCAGGGAAUGAGCAGCGGGUGUGCAACACGCAUCCAUGCCCAGUCAACGGAGGGUGGUCCAGCUGGUCUAUGUCGAUGCCAUGCAGUGUGACUUGUGGCAAUGGAGUAGAAAUCGUUUCACGAUCUUGCACAAAUCCUACGCCUAAAAAUGGGGGAAAGCCUUGCCCUGGAGAAGCAAACAAGAAGCAGCCUUGCUCGAGAAUUUCUUGUCCAGUCAACGGUGGUUGGUCUGUUUGGUCUAUGUCAAUGUCAUGUAGUGUAAGUUGUGGCAAUGGAACAAAGAUUCUUUCUCGCACUUGUACAAAUCCUGAGCCUAAACAUGGUGGAACACCAUGUACAGGAAACACACAGAAGAUACAGGCAUGUGUGAGACAUCCUUGUGCAGUUGACGGUGGUUGGUCAGUUUGGAGUGAAUGGAAUUCCUGUAGUAAAUCUUGCGGAACAGGUUUACAAGAACGGUCUCGGAACUGUACGCAGCCAGCGCCCAUGCAUAACGGAAAGCCUUGUGAGGGGGAACCGUGGGAAAACCGCCCGUGCAAUGUGCAUGCGUGUCCUGUGGAUGGCGGUUGGAGCAGCUGGAGCUUAUGGUCUCGGUGUGACAGAGUCUGUGGCGGAGGCAAGAGACAACGUCUUCGUUCCUGCACAAACCCACCGCCCUCCUCUGGUGGAAAAGGCUGUGGUUCUCACUACUAUGAGUCCAAGGAAUGUGCUGUAAAUAAAUGCCCGGUUGACGGUGGUUGGUCAAUUUGGAGUGCAUGGACAUUUUGCAGCCAGUCUUGUGGAACUGGUGUUAAGGAGCGCUCCAGAAACUGCACGCAGCCAGUUCCAAGUCAUGGCGGGAAAAAAUGCCAAGGAAAAGCACAGGAAAAGUAUCAAUGUAACACGCAUUCCUGCCCAGUGCACGGUGCUUGGAGCGUUUGGAGUUCUUGGUCAGCCUGUGGCAAAACCUGUGGAGGAGGCGUCAGAGAACGCACUCGUUCUUGCACAAACCCACCGCCCUAUUUCGGUGGGAAAGGCUGUGGUGCUCAGAACUAUGAAACAAAGGAAUGUGCUAUAAACAAAUGCGCAGUUCAUGGCGGUUGGUCCAAGUGGAGCAACUGGACCGAGUGUAGUGUGACAUGCGGUUCUGGUGUGGUGACACGCGAUCGCCAUUGUAACAAUCCCGAACCAGCCGCCGGUGGCAAACAUUGUAAUGGAACUAAUAAAGAGAGCAAGUCGUGUAGGGCUGAAGGACAAUGCAUAGUCGAGGUCGGCUGUCAUGAGAGCUUUUCUUCGGACAAACUAGCAAGCUUUAAUGAUGAGAUUGACUGGUCCUCUCACAUCUCUUCACAAUUGCGAAAGAUUGUAGCAAAAUGCGCUAAUUUAGCAGUGGAGAAGAAAUACAGGUUCUUCGCAGUUGAGGACUUUGGAAACUGUCAAGGAAGGCAUGUCUUCGUUAGUCGAUCCAAGGCAUCUGGGUGUAAUUAUGGCGUCGGUUUGAAGGGAUAUUACUAUGUCUAUGAAGUCUCUUUGUGUGAGUGGGAACUCCAGAAGCGUAAGAAGCUUAGCAUCAUCAUUAAAACUCUCGAAGUUCCAACGCUUCCAAUGUUCGGAAUUGAUUCUGGCCUCAGAACGACUUUCACGAAGGCCUUUGAGAAAAUGAUGCCAAUGUCACUUUUAUCCUUUGCUGUGCUCUGCUUUGCGUCGAUGGUAAUUCAGGCAGAUGGAUGCCUGUUCAGCUCGGGCUGCAGCAAAAGGGACUGUAUUGUAAGUUCCUGGUCCAAGUGGAGUAACUGUACUCAGCCAUGUGGUGAAGGGGGAACACAAUGGCGCACACGCCGGGUGACUAAAGGAGCCCGAUGUGGUGGGUCGUGUUCGUACUUGCUCGCAGAUAUCCGGUCAUGUAACGAUGUAUGUCCCAACGGUGGGACUCCAGUUUUUGGUAAAUGCCAUUGUAAACCAGGCUAUAGUGGAAAGUGCUGCACUGGAGUUGAUGGAGGUUGGUCAAAUUGGAGCAACUGGACAGCUUGUUCGAAAACCUGUGAAGUUGGGAUCAAAUCACGAACGCGGAAGUGCUCCGAACCGGUGCCGCAAAACGGCGGGAAAUCAUGUCAGGGGUUAGCGAGAGAAAAAAAGAAGUGCGGUGACAAGCAGCCAUGCCACAUUGACGAUGGUUGGUCGGAUUGGAGUGAAUGGACUCCCUGCAGCGAAGAAUGUGGCAAAGGGAUUCAAGAGCGUGCUCGUAACUGCACCCGACCGGAGCCUAAUUUUGGCGGGAAACCUUGCGAAGGACAGGCUGAGGAAAUUCGAGAGUGCAACAACAACUGUGAAGAAGACAUAUUCGGCCGUUUUUUAUAAAAUCGUACAGUGCUACCUAUGAGUUCUGUCCUGUUUGUUUUAGCCUGUGUCAAUUCUUGAGCAUAGUUAAGCAAAUUUUGGCUUAGUUUACUAGAGCGCUUUCGAAUGUUUAUGUCUCGUCAGGAGAUAAUGGGCUUCUUGUCUCGUUAAAACUAAAGUAAUUGCAAGAAAAAGCUGAUGUGAACCCAGAGUAAGGAAAGGCUAACUUAAUGAAAAAUAUCUUUGGUUCAGAGGGCAUCGCUAGAUUUCAUAAUAUAAUUUUGUGCUGUACCACUCAA